AUGGUGAGAGUGCUUGACGGGGAAAGCCCUGGCGGGGAAGGCGAGAUACGGGAACACACCAAGGCUCACGGCGUGGUAGCGCACGGCGGGUGCGACCCAGCAGUUCUAUGCUCGUUGGGUGGAGAGGCUGUGGGCGGAGAGCGCUUGGCGGGGAAGCGAGGCGGGGAGCGCGAGACGGGACCUUACGAAGGCGCACGGCGUGUAGCUCAUCGGCGGGGUGGCCACAACAUUCGGUAUGAGGAGUUUGAGAUGCCAGCCAAAGGUCUGAAACACAUGAAUUUGGGGUACAGCAAGUCGGAAGACGAGAAGGCAUUCGUUGGCGGAGACGAGCUCGGCACGCCGGAGUCGCUGCCCGAACCGGAGCGGCCACCGCUGCGCCACAUCGACAAGUACGUGCGGCCCGAGUGCCCGUGCCUCACCAAGCGCUACACCGUCGCCCUCCUCACGUGCGUCGGUUUCAUCAUCUCCUUCGGAAUGCGUUGCAACAUGGGCAUGGCAAAACUACAAAAAAAGCACGGGCACGUGCGCUUCAACUGGACCGUCUCGGUUGAAAGUGCGGUGGACUCGUCCUUCUUCUGGGGCUACUUGAUCACCCAGGUCCCUGGCGGCUUCCUUGCUUCCAUGUACCCCGCCAACAGGAUUUUCGGCACAGCUAUAGCAAUUUCCUCAUUCCUUAAUUUACUCGUUCCUGGAGCCACCGAGCUGUCCCCUGCAGUCGUCAUCAUGGUCAGAAUUUGCCAGGGGCUCGUGGAGGGGGUGACGUACCCCGCCUGCCACGGCAUCUGGCGGUUCUGGGCGCCGCCUCUCGAGAGAUCGCGUCUCGCCACCCUGGCCUUCUGCGGCUCCUACGCCGGGGUGGUCCUGGGCAUGCCGCUAUCUGGAAUCCUAACCGGGGAGAUCAGUUGGCAGGCUCCGUUCUACUUCUAUGGCCAUGCCCACCAUGGCCACUACGCCGUGGAGGUCCUUUUUCACCUCGAUGCCGGUGUACGCGAUUAUCGUGGCCAACUUUUGCCGGUCGUGGAACUUCUACCUUCUCGUGCUCUUCCAAGCUUCUUACCUUCAAAAUACAUUCAAGUUCAAAAUUGCGGAGGUUUCAAUGUGAACCACCUGGACAUUGCACCCCGCUACGCCAGUAUCCUCAUGGGGAUGUCGAACGGCAUCGGCACCAUCGCAGGUCUAAUCUGCCCCAUCGCCAUCGACAACAUUACGAAGGAUCAGACGCGAGACGAGUGGAAGACCGUGUUUAUUAUGGCUGCAACAGUCCAUUUCAUUGGUGUCACAUUCUACGCUUUGUUUGCUUCUGGAGAAUUGCAGCCUUGGGCAGAGCCACCACCAGCAGAGGAGAAAACCAGUUGGAACCCACUGGAAGAGGCCUUCCAAGCAGAAGGAGGGUCUGCGGAAGGUGAAGCAGCACAACAAACACAAUUAAACAAUCGAGCUGUUAACUAUGGAGCAGUGGAACAAACAAUUAGCGGGCAUCCUCCUCCUCUAAGUAAUCACAUAGAAGCAGUACAGCCAGAAACUAAAGACAGCUAUUACAACUACAAUGCUAUGCAAGAUGGUGCGUACUGAAUUCUUCAGCAUAGAGAUGAAUUACGUAAGACUGCAUCAUUCAUUAGUAUGGCAAUAUUGAAAUAAAAUUUAAUUUUUGUGAUAGUGAUGCAGUCUGUCAUGGUCAGCUUUUUUCAUGAUUUACCUCUCAUAACUCCUUUGUUAGAUCAAUAAAAGCUAGCUUUUUUUUAAUAUUCCUAAUACUAUAUUUGUUUAGAUACAUUUGAAGGGUUGUAAAAGAAAAGUGUAAAAGAUUCACGGCAUCCAACAACUAAUUUUGUACUCUUCUUGUAGUAUAAAAAUAUGCAUUGUAAGUUAAGUGUAAUUUAUUUGUGAUCUCAAAUAGCUGUCUUUAGUCUCUUAAGGUUGCAAUAUUAAUAUUAAUUUCUUGCUGGCCAUGAUUGCACCUAUAAUAGAAUUGUAAAGUAAAUUCAAAUGAUUGAACAGAAUGUGUGUAUUUUUAUGAAUGUACCUUUGUAAUAAUUUGUUAAGAUAAUUUUGUUAAUAGGUAUAUUUAAACUACUAUGGAAUUAUUGUUUUUUUAUUAAAGGAAUGUAUAUGAAUCAGUUACAUAUAUUCAAAGUAUUUAUGACAGUCCAUAAGAAAACAUUGGACUUUGUUUUUAAUUUCUACAGUUGAGAAUUUAGUUAUGUAUUGUUUUAAUAUGAAAUAAAACAUAAAAAAUUAUGCAAUUCAUUACAAGAACCUUUUUAGCUAACAGACCUCAACCAUCGCUAUUAUCCAGAAACCCAGGUUAUCAUCAACCUUGAAAAUGUCUUUCAUAAUUUCCUAAACGAAUUACUUUAAAAUAAUGAUCAUCAUAAAACUGGGAUCUUAAAUGGUUGCAUCUUUUAAUUCCUUUGAAUCACCCGCCAAGAAAGAUUUGCAAUUCUUAGUAAAUAUGCACAGGUUAGCCAACAAGCUACAACACACCAAUUACACAGUGAUGUAAGAAAAUAACUUUUCUUUGGCAUUGCAUCAUAAAUACUUUGAUAACAACACAUUAUUAAUGUACUAGUUUGUGUUUUAUAAUUUUACUCUUUACAAAUUGUAAGUUAUAACAGUAUAUAAAUUAGUGUAAUGCUGUUGGUAAUAUGUCGAAACUUUUUCGGUACAAAACACGAAUGACAAAACGUGGGAAUGGUAGGUUAUGUUUCGUGUGCGUGCGCUUUGUCCACGUUCGUAAGUAUUAUCGUAUUUUAUUGUUUAUUUUAGAUCCAGGUCCAUUUAUUUAUUGCCUAAAAACUGUUCUUCGACAAUGCCAGUUCAACCGUCAAUGGUAGAACAAAUUGUAGAUCGACAGUUGUCUGCAGUGUACAUAUUCGUUCAAAAAAUUAUUGUAGUAGUUUGUAUACUUUACGUUUAGGCGGGAGCAUGAACGUGUGCUUGUGACAUACGCAUGUGUCGAUAACGUUUACGCCUCAUAUUUUACUAUUACAAUUGUUUGGUAUGCUGAAUCCCAUCCUGUGUAAGGGUACGUCAGUAAUUCCGGUAUUAUAUUAAAAUAAAAUUGUGUAGAAUUAUUUUUCGUAGCAUUGAAAACUGUUUACCAAAAGUAUUGGGUAGUUUUACUUUGACUUGGUCUCAUUCUUCUUUUCUUCAUUCUUGUUAAGUAAGUAGUGUUUUGGUACCUUUGUUAAUCAUUCCUUUUUUGUUGAUAUCCGCUGAGGAAAUGUAGAGUAUUUUGUUGUAAGAAUUUGUUAAAACAUUGAUGCUUCACAUCAUACAUUAUUAAACAUGUUCCAUAUCCAUUUCAUUCUUGAAAUAAUUUUAUGAUCCAUCAGUGAUAUUCAAAUGAUAUGUAAGAAUGUACAAGUAAGGAAUCCUGAGUAACAACAAUUAAUCCAUUUGUUCAUGGCAUCUUUAUACAUCUUAUGUGAAGUAAUCAGUGAUGUUUACAGUUCUGAAAUAAAUCAUAGAUUCUAAUAUUUUCGUGAUUAAUUUAUAUUAACAUUAUUACAUUACAUCAAGAAAGCUUUGAAGAUGUAGAAAUUUGUACAUAUUUUAUGAAAUUUUUAAUGGUGCAUCUUUAUUUUGAUAUCAAAUAUUUCAGUAAAACAUUAAUAUUUGUAUGUGCUUUGAGUGCUCUGCUUUUUUCUAUGUACAUGUAAAUAAAUAAAUAGCAGCAUUCAUGAAUUGUGUACCCUACACAGAGGUGCAAUUAUUUGUUAUCCGGUGUGAUUUUCGUUAUGUUUAGUCAUAAAUGUUUGCGUCAUGUUCUUCAUGCACUGUAAUGUUUCCCAUUUUUUCUUUAUUUUCAUAUUUUAUGUUGAUAAAUACAUUGAAAAAGUUUAUGCUAUUAUUCUAUUUCUUGUUUUGAAUGCAUAGUGGAACAAACAUUCUGGAAAAUGUCAUCACGAUAUAAUUUUAUUUAUUUUUACAAAAUUUAAUUUAAGAAUAAUGUAUAUCCUUGUUUUUCAUCAUUUAUGAAGAUUUCAAAUAUCAAGGAUGCAGAGUAAACUUUCCACAUUAGAAAUAUAUAUCAAGAAAAAUUAAAAUUACAUUGUUUUCUGAUAUGAAUCGAAUAACAUCAGUCAGAUGUUUAGAGUAAACUAAAAUAUUAAUAAGUAAACUGUUUUAGAAUAAUUGUAAUUAAAUUUGGUUUUUAUGUUUUUGUAAGUGAAAAGGUCACAAUGGCUUACAUCUUUUAAAAUUUUAAAUAAUUUGUCAUAAAUUUUCGCAAAAGUUGAUAUUAUUUAACAAUAUUACUUUAUCCACAAUAAUGUUCAAAUUUUCUUUCUUCAUUAAUAAGAAGUUGAGAGAGUGUAUUUAAAUGGAGAAGUAGAAAUUAUGAUUGCCUUCAGAUUUUGAAUGUUUAAACUGUAACUGAAAAGUUCAUAAUAUAUUUGACAGAAGCCCGUAUACACUGUUACAUUUACUAUUGUUGAGACUGUAUUGAUGUCUGUCAUCUGAAUCACAUUUUUGAAAUUGAAAUUAUGCCAAUGAUGUAUCUAAUUGCCAUUAAUUAGCUGUAAAUUGUGAGUGGAUCUGUGAUUAUAUCAGUACCUCAUUUUAUGUUCUGCAUCUCAACAAUAAGUAGUUGUUAAUGUUUUGCCUAACACUCCUUUCAAAUACAUAUGAUGAUAAUGUUUACAAGUGUCUAAAUAAAAUAAUUUAAAUCUGCUGGAAGAGAAAUCAAAUAGUAGUAAAUGUGUUGAUCAGAUUAACAUUGUUCUCUAGCAGAACAUAAAAUGAGUAAAUGAAUGUUCAGAAUUGUUAAUCUUGUCUUACACAAGUGUGUAUUGUUGUUAAAGAAUUAAUUACUUCUUACAUGUUAGCAUUGUAUAACUUUGAAAUAAUUCAUGAAGCAUAUAUUUGACCAGUUGAUUCAGAAUUCAAUUAUUCAGUGUCUGUAGUCUAUUACUUCAAGAAAUUUUAAUACAGUAUGCAUGUAAUAUUAGAAGCCUUUGAAAAGUAUUGUUAUAAGAAAUAUGCUCUAUUUUGAGAUUGCUUUGUUGUUUAAAGCCUAAAGAAAGUAGAAUUUUGAAGCUUUGGAGCAUGUGUAAUAAAAGUAUAUUACGUGAAAAGAAAUAUCUACUCUGUAUGAAUAAUAUGCAGUUAUAAGUUAAUCCAGUUAUGUGCAGAAACUUUAACUUUUAAUUUACUAUUAUUUUCUGCGAACAACAUAUUUUUGCUUCCAUAUGCUUCUGCAUUAACUCUCGUUAAUGUAGAGGCUUCAUGUACGAACACUGUAUAUAUGUAGAUUCAUGAAUUAAAUAUAUAUAUAAAACUAUGUAAAUAUUGUAGAAUAUUUGUGUGUAAUAAGUAAGCAUUGUGCUUUUUGUUAUUCAAUGCAUGAUAACCAUACUUGCUUUGUAGUUAAUGUAUUCCUGUUUACUUUCGAUGUUCUUGUGUUCUCAGGUGGUAAAUUAACUUAGUUUUUGUAGAUGUUUCAUUGUAAUUGGACUGAUGAUUCUUGUUAAAAUAAUUUCUUACAUUUAUUCUUUAGUAUCUAAAGUGUUAAUUUGGUGUUUAUUUUGAACAGGAAAUUUAAUUUCACAUAUUUUGUGUACAUAUGUUCCUUUAUCUACCUACAUGUCUUUACUUAUCGUACAUUCUUUGUAUUCUCUUGAAGAGGAUUGCUGUUGAAAACUGUCAUAUUUCUAAAGGUUAGCAAGAUAUGCAGUUAUUUCUCAAGAAAUAUCUAGAUAAAAUGGCUUGUUUCUUUUAAUAUGUCUACAUUUUUAAGAGUAAGAUACAAUUUUUCCAUUUCCCUUAAUGAGCCCUCCAUAUCUCAAGGAACUUAAUGGUAUUCAUACUUAUAUUGGUAUGAACUAGUAUCCACCUUUCAUAAUCCAGUAGUGUAACUGUAAUUAUGUGCUCUUAUACUGAGGCAUUUAACCAUAGUGAUGGCUUUUAGAUUUAUGAACAUGAUGUUGAUGUAUAUAACCCAUUGGUAAGAAAUAACGUAGAUUUAAAACUGGUGCCAGCUUUUCAGAUACCUUAAAAAAUCACAUCCCCAGACAGAAUUAUAUAAAGUAUAUGAUCAGGUUAUUGGAACAGAGUUGAAUUAAAGUGAAUUGAAACCAGUUGCUAAUGUAAUCAGAUUUAAUUGACAUCAUAUAUAUGAAGUCAGAACCAAAUUGGUUGUGUCAAUCUUAUGCACAUCAUUAAUGUAUGCAAAAAGUUAAGAAAGAUUUUAUAUAAACUUUAGAAACAUGUAUAAAUAGCAAACAUGCUUAUGUCAUAGCUGUGAAUUCUCAAAUAUUCAGUACAUUGUGCUAUGAAUAUAAAAUUGGCUUUUGCAUUACAUUUUUAAGGAAAAUUAAUUGACAACAAAAGAUAAUUUGUUUUCUUCACACUUGUGUUUUCCAAUUUCAACCUCUAAGAAGCAAGCCAAAUGUACAGAAUUUGUGGAAUAAUUUUAAAAACGUGAGUCAAGAAGACAUAAAUUGAGGUUUUCAAGCUGUGCUAGUAUUUAUUUUUAAAAUCAGAGGAAAAAGUGUAAAGAUAUAUCCAAUACCUUAUUAUUAUUAAAUCAUAUUAAUAUAAGACAUAUUUUAAGUAAUUAUUUGUUUCUUGAUAGUCUUUCUAUGAAAAAUGAGAAUUAAGUGUAAAUUAUGAAUACUUUCAAAGUUUGUCUUCAGGCUAAUUUAUUUUAUUCCACAACUGCACUAUGUACAUUCUACAACUGCUACUACUAUUUAUAUAAGUUAUUAAUAAUAAUGCAAAUGAUGUUCUUAAAGUUGACAAAACUUCAUCUAAUUUUCGUUAAUUUUUUUUCUUAAUUCCCUAUUUUUUAAAUACAAACUGUCACGUAGUUUAAUGAAUUCUCAAUUGAGAACAAAAGUACUAAAAAUCUGAAAAUUUACAGUGAAGUUUUAAUGUUGUUACAACUGAAAGAAACAUAAAAUAAUGUUCUUCAACUCUUGUUAUAAUUUCUCUCAUGCUGUCUUAUAUUAUGUGCUCUAUAGGGAUAGAAUAUAAAUGUUUUUUUAGCAAUCUUAUUUUUACUGCUAACCUUUUGAAAAUGACCUUGCAUUACAAUACUUAUUGUGACAUAUAUCAUGUACAUAUAUAUAUAUUUUGAAAAUGAAGAGAAAUAUAAUAUAUUGUUAUACAUAAAGACUUAUGUUAUGAAUAUAUUAUAAAGUGAAAUGGUUUUAUGUGUACCUUUUUUUAAGCUAAUAAGUCUAUCAAGAGAUAUUACUCUCCAAGGCUGUGUUGACAAUAAUUUCUAGAUUUCUUGAAGUAAAGGAAUCUAGCUAAAACAUGACAAUAUACAUAAUAUAUAUUAAUGUUGAAAAUAUUAGACAUUUAGAUUAGAUAAAGCAAUGUGUUGUGUGAAAGUGUAACUACAGUGAACUGCUAGAAAAUGGUAGAAAUUUCAUAAUGCAGUUGUCCUCAUAAAUGUUUGGUGUUUUUGAACUUUUUGUGUUUUAAGAUUCUUAGACCACAGAAAAUUAGUAUGAAUACAAGUUAUUGUAAUGAUUGGUUUCAUUCUAAACUUACUGUGAAAAAAUUGAGAUCAUUAGAAAAAACCUGUUAAUGUGUUUUGUAAAAUAUUGCACAUUUUAUCAUUGUAAGAAAUGUGAUGAAUGCUUUGAAGGAAGUAAAGAUUGAGUUUCAAAACAAGAAAAUGUAAUUAAUCAUGUACUGUUAAAAUAAUUGAUAGGCAAAUAUUUGGCCUAUGAGCAUAUGUGGUGGCUUUAUAAUUAUAUUAAUAAUUAGUGAAGAAGGAAAUAUUGAUGUAAUUAUCUUGCACUUUUUAUACAAUCACAUUCUCUUAGAAGUAGCAUUGAUUUGUAAAAGGUUGAUCAUGAAACAAUUUGCUUUUAUUAUUGGGAAAGUGUAACUAAAAUGUUAUAGAAACUUUUUCAAAUUAAAGAUGUUGGAAGGUGUCAUAAACACAUAGUAAAUUAAUCCAGUUUUGUUCUUUAGCUUUUUUCUUUCCAUCAGCGUUAAAUUGCCAUUCAUUUGUCCAUGUUUAUUUAACAUACAGUUAUUUUGAAAUGAAAAUUUCCUCAUAUAACGUUCUAUUAAAGUUCUUGUAAAAUUUUAUAAGGGAAAAGAAAUAACUCUGGUUGGUAACAUCAUUAAUAUUGCAGAUUUUAUUUCAAAAGUCUUAAAUUCCCUUAAAUAUGCCCAAAAUACCUUGACUGACAAACCUUAUUUACAAUAGUGAAAUCUGUCUUAAGCAGCCUCUAAAGGUCCCAGUGAAAAUUGACUGUUAAUUUAGCUGGCCGUUUAAUGAAGGUUAUGAGGAAGUGUGAAUCAGAUCUAAUUGUUUUAAUUGCUAUGAAAUAAAAUGUUUUCCAUAAAAUAAUUUUAAUUACCUAGGGUACCACAAAAUUCAGCUUAAAACAAACAUCACUUGAAUUAUAAAAUGUGGUCAGAUAUAUUCAUGCAUGGAUUUUACUUGUUUGUAAAGCAAGUUUACAUCUCUUUUUAGCUGUACAGGCUUUGAAACUCCCUAAAAGUGUAACCUGAUUUAUAAUUUUAUUAAGUUGUGCUUUUCUGCCCUUAAAAAUGUCAACAAGUUUUCUAUCAGAAACCAUUUUCUUGUUUACCAUAUUUUCUAGGAUCACUUGCCUCCUCUUGACUAGUGGCAAACAUCCUUGACUUUGCAUUUUUUAUCUUAUUGCUUCCAUGGAACUGAACUCGUAAGCAAACGAAACUUGAAAAUGCAAUUCACAUUCACUGAGCCAAGCCAGGGUAGUUUUAACCCUUGUUGGGGCUCCGUAGCAGUUCGGGAUUGGG